AUGAGUUCUGAACCACUCAAGCCCACAUACAUGCCGGUGUUCCUCACCAAGAAGGAACGCAAGAAGCUGCGACGUCAAUCGCGUAGAGAAGCGUGGAAGGAGGAACAGGAGAAAGUGCGACUGGGUCUGGAAGCACCACCCGAGCCUAAACUCAGAAUAUCCAACCUCAUGCGAGCUCUAGGAACAGAGGCGGUCCAGGACCCCACGGCCAUCGAAGCGAAGGUCCGAGAGCAGAUAGCCAAGCGGCAGAAGACGCAUCUUGAAGCGAACAAAGCCAGGGCUCUGACUAAAGAGCAGAAACGGGAGAAGGUGGACAGGAAGAUACGUGAAGACACAAGUAUGGGCGUCAAUGUGGCUGUAUAUAGAGUGAAGGAUCUCUUCGAGUGCGCCUCAGCCAAGUUCAAGGUGGAAGCGAAUGCACAACAGUUACACAUGACGGGAUGUGUGAUCUUGCAUCGCGGAUGCUGCGUCGUAGUUGUUGAGGGGGGGCCGAAGCAGCACGCUAAAUAUAAGAGGCUGAUGCUGCACCGCAUCAAGUGGGAGGAGGAUAUGAUAAAAGACGCGGAGGGGAACGAGGUGCCCAACACUUGUCACCUCGUGUGGGAGGGUUCUGUCAAUCAGCGAGCGUUUGGGGAGAUGAAGUUCAAGGUAAUGCCUACGGAGAAGAUGGCUCGCGAACACUUCCAGAAACACCGCGUGGAGCAAUACUGGGACCUCGCGUACAGCGGCGCCGUCCUCGGCUCCACCGAGGAGCCCUAG